AAAAUGUCACAUUACGGGAAGAAGUAGCAACGGUAAAUUGCAUAAGGAAAGAUACAAGAAAAAACGAAGAAGAAUCGAAGAAAAAAAGAUUCAAAGAAAAAUGAAGAUUUUACUAUGCAUUAUUUCGUGUAUGAGUUUGUGUCUUACGUUAUCCCAAGGAUAUAGAAUCCUUGGAAUAUUUCCAUAUAAAGUGAAAAGUCAUUUUAUUAUGUUCGAAAGUUUAAUGAAAGGUCUCGCUAAGAAGGGUCAUCAGGUUGAUGCAAUUGGUCCGUUCCCACUGAAAAAAUCAUUCGUCAAUUAUACAGAUUUAGUUGUGAUAUCACAAGAAAUCAAUUUUGUCAAUAAUGUUUCGUACGAUAUCGCAAGUAAACUGACAAUGAUAGAUGUAUUGUCAACCAUAGGUGGCUAUCAGCUUUGUGAAUGCUUGGAACAUCCAAAAAUCCAAAAACUAAUUCACAAUCCUCCAAAGGAUCCACCUUAUGACGUAGUUCUGAUAGAGGUUCUUGCUGCUCAUUGUUUUGCUAUAUUUGGACAUAUUCUUAAUGUACCAGUGAUCGGUGUCAGUACUGCAAAUUAUUUAUGGCUCAGUUCUUUCUUAGAAAAUCCCCAAAAUUUGGCCAUCUUUCCCAAUAAUUUAUUGCACUUUAACAGUCCAAUGAACUUUUGGCAACGAACGUACAACUUUCUACACAGUGUCUUCAACAAAAUGUACUUCAAUCAUUUGACCAAAUAUCAAGAUGAACAAAUAAGAAAGUACGUCGGUCCGAAUUUACCGAGUGUGCGACAAAUGGAACAAAAUAUUUCCAUAAUUUUGAUGAACUCAUAUUUUACUAUGGACGGAAUUAGACCUUUAACGCAGGCCUACGUCGAAGUCGGUGGAUUACAUGUUCAAGAUGACGGCUCGAAAUUAUCACCUGAGCUACAGAAAUGGUGUGACGAGAGCAAAGAUGGUUUUAUCUAUUUCACGUUUGGUUCAAUGGUCAAGAUCGAAUCAUUUCCAAGAAAGAUUCUCGAUAUAUUCUAUAAAUCUUUCGAAAAGAUAUCGCCAGUAAAUAUUCUAAUGAAAAUUCCAAAUCCCAAAGAGUUACCACCUGGUUUGCCGAAGAACGUUCACAUUUCGUCGUGGAUGCCGCAAUUAAAAGUUUUACAACAUCCAAACGUGAAGGCAUUUAUUACUCAUGGUGGUCUUAUGGGAACACAGGAAGCCAUUUCAUGCGGCGUUCCAAUGAUCGGAAUACCUAUUUUCGGUGACCAAUUUGCAAAUGUCAUUAAUUAUGUGAAGCAAAAUAUUGCAAUAAAACUAGACUACGAAAAUUUGUCGCAAGAUGAAAUGGACGCUGCAUUAAAUACAAUUUUAUAUAAUUCCACAUACAGAGAGACUUCACGUAAAGUCGCACAAAAAUUUAUGGAUAGGCCAUUGAAGGCAAUCGAUACGGCUAAUUAUUGGAUUGAAUAUAUCGUGAAAUACGGAUGGGACGCACUCCGUUCACCGGCCAUGGACUUGAAUUGGUGGGAGAACGAUCUUUUAGACAUAUAUACAUUCUUAUUGUUGAUUAUAGUUAUCAUCAUUUACAUAACAAUUCGAUUAAUUAGAAUGUUUCUAAGCAUAAUUUUAUCUAACCCAAAUAUUAACGUUUCACCCAUGAAGAAGAUCAUAAAUGAAUUUAUUUGGAAUUUGUUCCUAUCAAUGCAUUCAACAGAUGUUAAAUUUGUGGUGACGUUUGAAAGAUCAACUCGACUUCAUGCUGAUAUCAAUAAAAUAAGUAAGGUUUUAUCUAUGAUAACUCGUAGUAAUAUUCCAAUAUUUACUAUUUCCAAAUAUAUCUUCAAUUAUGUAUCCCAAUUUUUUAUCGAUAUAGAAAUGAGCAUUCUAUUGAUUUACAACAAAGUUAAUAUACUGAUAGGUAUUAUAUUGGUAGAAAAAAAAAAAAAAUUAACUGUAAAUGGGAAAAGAAUUCAAACUAAAUGUUAUCUUGGAAGGUUAUCACUUCUGACCGAAUAUUCAUGUUACGAAAAAAUGAAAGCGUUACUAUGCAUUAUUUUUUGUAUUUACUUAUGUUUAACGUUAUCUCACGGAUAUAGAAUUCUCGGAAUUUUUUCAUAUCAUGGAAAAAGUCAUUUUAUCAUGUUCGAAAGUUUGAUGAAAGGUCUCGCUAAGAAGGGUCAUCAAGUCGAUGUAAUUAGUACGUACCCAUUGAAAAAACCAUUCGUUAAUUAUACCGAUUUGGUUGUAAUACCAUUGGAAAUAAAUAUUGUCAAUAACAUGUCAUACAAUAUCGCAAGGAAAUUCUCCAUGGUGGAGAUUACCACAACCGUAUGUGGUAAUAAUCUUUGUGAACACUUGGCAAAUCCAAAAAUUCAGGAACUAAUACACAAUCCUCCGAAGAAUCCACCCUAUGACGUCGUUCUGAUAGAGGUUCUUGCUGCCCAUUGUUUUGCCAUAUUCGGACAUCUUCUGAACGUACCAGUGAUCGGUAUCAGUUCUUCCAUUCUCUAUCCAUGGCAAAAUCAAUAUAUUGGAAAUCCCGAAAAUUUCGCCAUCUUUCCUAAUACUUUAUUGCAUUUUAAAAAUCCAAUGAAUUUUUUGCAACGAACGUACAACUUUCUAUACAUUUUCUUCAACAAAAUAUACUUCGAUCAUUUGACGAAAUAUCAAGACGAACAAAUAAGAAAGUACGUCGGUCCGAAUUUACCGAGUGUGCGACAAUUGGAAAAGAAUAUUUCAAUGAUUCUAGUGAACUCAUAUUUUACUGUGGACCGAAUCAGACCAUUAACGCAGGCCUACGUCGAAAUCGGUGGAUUGCACGUUCAAGAUGACGGCUCAAAAUUAUCACCUGAGCUACAGAAAUGGUGUGACGAGAGCAAAGAUGGUUUUAUCUAUUUCACGUUUGGUUCAAUGGUCAAGAUCGAAUCAUUUCCAAGAAAGAUUCUCGAUAUAUUCUAUAAAUCUUUCGAAAAGAUAUCGCCAGUAAAUAUUCUAAUGAAAAUUCCAAAUCCCAAAGAGUUACCACCUGGUUUGCCGAAGAACGUUCACAUUUUGCCGUGGAUACCGCAAUUGAAGGUUUUACAACAUCCAAACGUGAAGGCAUUUAUUACUCAUGGUGGUCUUAUGGGAACACAGGAGGCCAUUUCAUGCGGCGUUCCAAUGAUCGGAAUACCUAUCUUCUGCGACCAAUUUGCAAAUAUCGCCAAUUACGUGGAAAAGAAUAUUGCAAUAAAACUAGACUACGAAAAUUUGUCGCAAGAUGAAAUGGACGCUGCAUUAAAUACAAUUUUAUAUAAUUCCACAUACAGGGAGGCUGCACGUAAGGUCGCACAAAAAUUUAUGGAUAGGCCAUUGAAGGCAAUCGACACCGCUAAUUAUUGGAUUGAAUAUAUCGUGAAAUACGGAUGGGACGCACUCCGUUCACCGGCCAUGGACUUGAAUUGGUGGGAGAACAAUCUUUUAGAUGUAUAUAUAUUCUUAUUGUUGAUUAUAAUUAUCAUCAUUUACAUAACAAUUCGAUUAAUACUAAUGCUUCUUAACAUGAUAAUAUCAAAGACAAAUAACAAUUUUUCACUAGUAAAAAAGAUGUCGUAACAAAUUUAAUUUCAGAUAACGAUAAUCCUAAACGAUUAUCCUAAUUUAUUUUAAACCUUUUUCUCAUAUCAUAGAAGUUAAUUAUCGAUAGAUAAUAAUUUCGUCGAGAGAGUUGAAUUACAUUUCGUUAUAGAAACAUGAAUAAAUUUUAAAUCGAUAGAUAAACCGUUCUUUUUUAUAAUAUAAAUAAGGUUUUAUCUUAUGAUGACUUGCGGAACAAUUAUGAAAGAUCUUAUACAUCGAUAUUUAUCUAUAAUUAUCUCAAUGUUUUAUCGAUAUAGAUAUGAACGUUAUUAUUUCUCUGACGAUCACGAUAGUCACUAGAAUAAAUAAAAGUAAUUUCAUGCAAAAGUUUUCCUUAGGACCGUAAUAAAAUUUAAAGAGGCAACUUCGAAGCUUAGAAUUUAUCUUAGACAUAAGUAAUAAACGUCAGAAUAUUUCUCCUAGUCAUUGUUACAAUUUUCGUUAAUAAUAAAACGAGGCGAACCUGCGAAUGAUUAAAA